ACUUCUCAGUGACUCCUCGCUUGGAACUGGAUGCACUAGAGGGGAGCUGGUCAAUAUGAUUCUUCUUGCUGUGCUUUUUCUCUGCUUCAUUUCCUCAUAUUCAGCUUCGGUUAAAGGUCACACAACUGGUCUCUCAUUAAAUAAUGACCGACUCUACAAACUCAAAUACUCCACUGAAGUUUUUCUUGAUCGGGGCAAAGGAAACCUCCAGGACAGUGUGGGCUACCAAAUUUCAUCCAAUGUGGAUGUCGUCUUACUGUGGAGGAGUCCUGAUGGUGAUGAUGACCAACUGAUCCAAAUUACGAUAAAAGAUGUCAAGGUGGAAAAUGUGAAUCAGCAGAGAGGAGAGAAGAGCAUUUUCAAAGGAAAGAAGCCACCCCAAAUCAUCAGAAAGGAAAACUUGGAAGCUCUGCAAAGACCUGUGCUCCUUCAUCUAAUCCAUGGAAAGGUCAAAGAGUUCUACUCUUAUCAAAAUGAACCACCAGCCAUACAGAAUCUCAAGAGAGGCUUGGCCAGCCUCUUUCAGAUGCAGUUAAGCUCUGGGACCACCAACGAGGUAGAUAUCUCAGGGGAUUGUAAAGUGACCUACCAGGCUCAUCAAGACAAAGUGACCAAAAUUAAGGCCUUGGAUUCAUGUACAAUAGAGAGGUCUGGAUUCACAACCCGAAAUCAGGUCUUGGGUGUCACAUCGAAAGCCACGUCUGUCACUACCUAUAAGAUAGAAGACAGCUUUGUUGUAGCUGUGCUUGCAGAAGAGAUACAUGCUUUGAGGCUGAAUUUUCUACAAACAAUUGCAGGCAAAAUAGUAUCGAAGCAGAAAUUAGAGCUGAAGACAACAGAAGCAGGCCCCAGACUGAAGUCUGGGAAGCAGGUUGCCGCCAUCAUUAAAGCAGUUGAUUCUAAGUACACGGCCAUCCCCAUUGUGGGCCAGGUCUUCCAGAGCGAGUGCAAAGGAUGCUCUUCUCUCUCCCAGCACUGGCAGUCGGUCAGAAAACACCUGCAGCCUGACAACCUCUCCAAGACAGAGGCUGUCAGAAGUUUCCUGACCUUCAUUCAGCACCUCAGGACGGCAAAGAAAGAAGAGAUCCUCCAAAUCCUAAAGGCUGAAAACAAGGACAUACUACCUCAGCUUGUGGAUGCUGUCACCUCUGCUCAGACCCCAGACUCAUUGGAUGCCAUUUUGGACUUUCUGGACUUCAAAAGUGACAGCAAUAUUAUCCUCCAGGAGAGGUUUCUCUAUGCUUGUGGUUUUGCUUCCCAUCCAGAUGAAGAACUCCUGAGAGCCCUCAUUAGUAAGUUCAAAGGUUCCUUUGGGAGCAACGAUAUCAGAGAAUCCGUUAUGAUCAUCAUUGGGGCCCUUGUCAGGAAGCUGUGCCAGAACGAAGGCUGCAAACUCAAAGCAGUGGUAGACGCUAAGAAGUUAAUCCUGGGUGGACUUGAAAGAGCAGAGAAAAAAGAGGACACCAUGAUGUACCUGCUGGCUCUGAAGAAUGCCCGGCUUCCGGAGGGCAUCCCAUUGCUCCUGAAGUACGCAGAGGCAGCAGAAGGGCCCAUCAGCCACCUUGCUGUCACCACUCUCCAGAGAUAUGAUGCCCCUUUUAUAACUGAUGAGGUGAAGAAGACCAUGAACAGGAUAUAUCACCAGACUCGCAAAGUUCACGAAAAGACUGUGCGUACUACAGCAGCUGCCGUUAUUUUAAAUAACAAUCCGUCCUACAUGGAAGUAAAAAACAUCCUUCUCUCUAUUGGGGAGCUUCCCAAAGAAAUGAAUAAAUACAUGCUCUCCAUUGUCCAAGACAUCCUACGUUUUGAAAUGCCUGCAAGCAAAAUGGUCCGUCGAGUUCUGAAGGAAAUGGUUGCUCAUAAUUAUGACCGUUUCUCCAAGAGUGGAUCCUCUUCUGCCUAUACUGGCUACAUAGAACGUGGUCCCCAUUCGGCAUCAACUUACAGCCUUGACAUUCUCUACUCUGGUUCUGGCAUUCUAAGGAGAAGUAACCUGAACAUCUUCCAGUAUGUUGGCAAAACGCCUCUUCAUGCUAUUCAGGUGGUCAUUGAAGCCCAAGGACUGGAGGCCUUAAUUGCAGCCACUCCUGAUGAAGGGGAGGAGAACCUUGAUUCCUAUGCUGGCUUGUCACCCCUCCUCUUUGAUGUUCAGCUCAGACCUGUCACUUUUUUCAAUGGAUACAGUGACUUGAUGUCCAAAAUGCUGUCAGCAUCCAGUGACCCUAUCAGUGUGGUGAAAGGACUUAUUCUGCUGAUAGAUCACUCCCAGGAGCUUCAGUUGCAAUCUGGACUUAAGGCCAAUAUGGAGGUCCAGGGUGGUCUAGCUAUUGAUAUUUCAGGUUCAAUGGAGUUUAGUCUGUGGUAUCGUGAGUCAAAGACCCGAGUGAAAAAUCGGGUAACCGUGGUAAUAACUGGUGACAUCACAGUGGACUCCUCUUUUGUGAAAGCUGGCCUGGAAAUCAGCGCGGAAACAGAAGCCGGCUUGGAGUUUAUCUCCACAGUGCAGUUUUCUCAGUACCCAUUCUUAGUUUGCCUGCAGAUGGACAGGGAUGGAAUUCCAUACAGGCAACUUGAGACCAAGUAUGAAAGGCUGUCCACAGGCAGAGGUUAUGUCUCUCGGAAAAGGAAAGAAAUCCUCGUGGCAGGAUCUGAAUUCCCGCUGCACCAAGAGAACUCUGAGAUGUGCAAAGUGGUGUUUGCUCCUGAACCAGAGAGUAGUUCCAGCGGUUGGUUUUGAAACUGAUGAGGGGGUGUUUCGCCAGAAUCGAUCUUCCUGGAAGGGGUACGAUGCACCGUGCCGAGGUACUUGCUCUCCGAGAGCACAGUGUUUACAUGUUUUCCUGUAUUUAAGAUUUUUGUAAAAAGCGAUGAAAAACUUCACCAACCAAAUCAUUCAAUACUACUUAUGGUGUCAUUUUCAGCCAACCUACGUGACACUUUGGGUAGCAUUCUUAGUUUUUUGUUUUUUUGGGGUUUUUUUUUAUCUCUCUCAAAUCACAUUUAGUACAGUGAAAAUAGUUCUACCCUAAGAAGAAACCCUUGUUUGUAAGAAACAAAAUGCAUACAUAUAUCUCAGGAGAACCCAGUUUUGUUUCAACAAUUUUCAAUCAAUGUACAUGAAGUCCUCGGUAAAAGCUUCCAUGGCUUGUUUCUACCAAACAUGUUGGACCAUCAAGGAAAAAUAGACUUUUUUUUUCCUUUUUGGGGGAGUGGGAGAUAAGGACAAGACUUUUAAAGGCUUUUGUCAACCAACUUCAAGAAUUAGUGUUUCUCUCUUCGGCAGUUGUUUUUAAUUAAGCAUUGAUGUAGAAGGCACACAGAAUUAACACAUAAAACCCCAUUUUUCUGCUGUCUGUAUAGUUAGAUUGCCAGAACAAAGUCUUUCAGUCUUCUGCCUUCUGCCCUACAAAACUAUUUGACUUAACAUGAAAGAAUUAGAAAUAUUAAUUUCAGGACUCCAUUUUAUUUUUUUCUUGGGCUGUGUCGCUUUGGAACUGUAAUGUGGUCCAUUGUCCUUUAUAAGGGACAUUCUCAAAUAUUCACCAUUUUAUCUUUCAUUCAUUUGUUUUGUGGUGGAAGUUCUAGUAUGUUGGACUACAAUCUAGAAAAGCCAGAAUGGCUGAAAGAGUUUAACAACACUUUGAGAAACUGAUGCAUUUGGACUUCUAAAAUAUGAAGUCAAAAAAAGAAUGUCUCUAUUUGUGCAAAUUAAAAGAGCCCUGUUAACCAUUUUCAAAUAUUUAUUAAUAAAACAGAUACAUGUGUUGAUAGUGAAAGCCCCCAAAUGGACAACAGGUGCUCACUUGUCCAUUAAACACACACACACACACAUACAGAGGAAGUUUAGCUAGACCGCCAUUGGUUGUAAAUUUAAAAUGAUAUGUGAUAAAAUAAAUAUGUGGAAUUCU